AUGACAUUGCGCCUUUUCGUUUUAACAGUGACGCUUGGGAUCAUUUCUCGGCAAGGCACAUGUACAGAUGUCACGGAGGAAAGCGCAUGCGAUGCUCCAGAACCAACUGCAAUGCUGCAGCAUCCUUGCCCGACGAAGACUGUGGAACCCAGACCUGCCAGUCUUCAAGAGGCCGAAAAGGCUAAGCUGAAGCUCGAUGCUGCAAGGUCUGUGGUGGACGUUGACCUCAGCAGCAUCCCGGCAUUUGUGCUGAAUCUGGACCGCCGGACGGACCGCUUGGGAAACUUCUCUCAGAUGUUGUAUAAACAAGCGCCAUGGCUCCAGAAGAUGACCUGCCGUGUGGCUGCGCCUGACGGCAACUCCUUCGGUGAUCACUUAAAGGAGUCUCUGAUUCAGCGCCCAUUUUGGCAGUCUGCCAUCUUCCGCGACCAGAAUCAGAUCAAUACGCUUGGUGGGCCAUUGACCAAAGGUGGCGUGGCCUUGACUAUGGGUCACGCAAUCAUGUGGGAGCACCUGCUGCAGACCCAGGCCCCAUGGGGAAUCUUCAUGGAGGAUGACCUCAUGUACGUCCAUCCAGACUUGGGUUCAUUGCUACAGAAGCUGGGAGAUUCCCUUCCUGCGCCAGGGCAGGAUUGGGACUUCCUUCAGCUUCAGGGCGGAGAAUGUCUGAGCAGCUCAUUCUUACAUCCCAUGCAUAUCGUGAUUGGAACUGGCUACAAUUUGGGCAUGUACAUUCUCACCCGCGAGGGCGCACAAAAUGCCAUUGAGGCUGUUUUUCCAAUGAUGGGCGGCCAGUUGGACAACCCAGAAGGUUUCCUCCGUAGCCAGUGCCGGGCUCAUCAAGUCUGUCCUGUCCCAGCAGCACAAGGAGGAGCACUUAAGGAUACCGAUGUGCAGAUCCUCUCUUCAAAGAAAGUCGAGUUUUUGCAGGAAGCCCUGAUUCCCGACUGCCCCUUCCUGGACGUCGGCCAGAUGCGGAAGCCUGACCUCAUCUCUCCUGAGGAUUCCUGA